AUGGCCCUAGGGGCCCUAGCGCAGUCUCCCGCACACUCGGAGUGUUUCCGCUGUAGCUUGCGCCGAUCCUGCAAACCAAGCCGUGCAGGCUUGGGCCACGAUCGUUCUUGGACUUGGCAGACCCUGUGGGCAUUGCGGCUGUCUGUUGGCUUUCGUGGUGCCGUGGCUUGCGCUGCCAGCAGUCGCGCAGCCAGGUUCUGCUCAAGGAUGGCAAGUCCAGCAGCUUUCCGCUUUGAUACAAGCAAGCGACCCGUCUUCGUCGUUGGCAACGAAGCUGCUGAUGUAGACUCCCUGGUGUCAGCGUAUGUCACAGCCCAGCUCCUGGAGAGUCCAGAGGUGCAGGGCAUCGCGUUGGCGCAGAUUCCACGGGAAGAGUUCCGAUUGCGAGGGGAUGCUCUGGCACUUUUCAAGGAGGCAGGCAGCCCUGUGCGAGAAGAUGGAAGCCCGGAACGUCUUCAUUUCUGGGAUGAAAUGGAUUGGCCUGCUGUGGAUGCACUUGCCAGCCGAUCUAUUGUUCUCACAGACCACAACAAGAUGACGUCGCAAGUGGCCAGCCAUUUUGACGGACGAGUAGAGUGGGUAAUGGACCAUCAUGCUGGAGGGAUCCAGUAUCCAGAUGCACGCAAUGACAUCGAUGAGGGCCUGGGUUCGUGCUGUUCCCUGGUGGCAGAGCAGUUCCUGCAGAGGAGCUCCGAGAAGUCAGAGCUGGGCAUUCUGCUGGCGGGCGUGAUCCUUCUUGACUGUCGAAACUUUGAUGAGAAGGAAAAGAAAGGUACAGAUAGAGAUCGAGCAGUUAUGGACAAACUCCACGGCCUGGUUCCAGCCAAGGGGACCAAGACCUGGUAUAAAGAGCUCAUGAACGCGAGGAAAGAUGUUUCUCAUUUAUCCGUCCGCGACUUGAUGCUGCUAGACACGAAGGUGGCAUCCUUGCGGGGGCUGAAUGUGGCCUUCGCAAGCAUGUUUGGUACACUUCUGGAGAUCUGUGCGAAAGCUGGCCGAUCUUCCGGAGUCGUAGAAGCAGCUCAAGGUUUGGCAAGAGACCGUGGCUACCAGGCGAUGAUCCUGCUCUUCAGCAAGGACAGCGCAUCCGGCAAGAAGGCUCUGGCGCUUAUUCCGGUUGAGGAAUGCGUCGAAGCGCAAGAGCUCUGUAGCGCCAUUGUGAGCAAAAUGCUGGGCAGUCCAGGUGAGAUUGUUGCGCACGGUCCUUUUGUGGCAAUGCUGUUGUCAGGCAACCUACCAGACAACUUGCGGCAGAACCCUCUUUAUGAGACGCAGGGGCUUUUGGAAUCAGGUUUCCAGCUUGAGCUUCUGGAGGACGCCUUCGGACGCCUUCUGUUCGCCACCAUUGCAUCCAUAUCAGCAACAAGUGCAGUGUCUGGAAGCCACUUGAACCCAGCUGUUUCGCUGGCAUUUGGUUUGUCCAGGAAGAUGUACUGGGGUCGCGUUUGGACGUAUAUAUUUCUUCAGAUUGCUGCCGGCGUGGCAGCUUGUGGCACAGUGCGCGUGAUCAUGCAGAAGGAGCUUCCGGCAGUUGAGCCCAAGUCCUACUACAACUUUCUGGAUGCUGGCCUCGUUGAGGGUAUCUACAGCGCCAUGUAUUGCUUCGUGGCUCUCAAUUGCAUUGCGUCCCUAGAGAACAAUCCCAGAGGUUUCAGGAAUCAGUUCUUCGCCCUUGCAAUUGGCCUGGUCCUGAUUGCUGGUCGCGGCCUUGCUGGGCUCCUGAAUCCUGCCAUCACCGUGGGCUUCUGCAUCUUUGGCGGCGAAGGCUUCACGCUCCUUUCGGAGCUUUGGCGCGCAGACACGCAGAUAAUCGCAGAUACGUGCUGGCGCCCGUGCUGGCACCUGGAGCCAGCGAAGAUUGCUUCAGGCCAUCACGCUGGGCGUUCGCUGCUUCUGGCUGCGGCACAGGCUAGCAUGAUUCUGAUUCUGUGCUCAUCUGUCCUCACGAGCUCUUUGGUCUCUGCAGUGCUCCUGAAGUUCCAGACGUGCACCCGAAUUGGAGCCGCAGGUGCGGUGGCAGCCGCGGUCCUUUUCUUCUUGGUUCGACCAGAGGAGACAUGUGCGGACCAAGGGUGA